AUGGCGAAAGUGCAGAGCCAGGAUGCGGAGAAUUCGGAUCCGCCGAACGAUGACCGUGACUCGGCCAUACUUCAUGAGUUAAGGGGGCUGCGAAAAGAACACGCGGAACCGGUAGCGGUAGCGGUAGCAGACAACAAGAGAGCACUGGCUAGACUUGAGUGCAGAUAUGUGACUGAGCUCUUUGGAGGUGAAACUUAUGUUUCCUGCUCUGUGGUGUUGCCUGCUCUGUGCCACCUGUGCCGUACAAUGGAAGUUUCAGACAAGAACCUAGCCUAUAUUGGAAAAUUCAAGACUGCCUUUAAAAAGGACCUCUUCAGCAUUAGACCCACGCUUCAAGGACUUGAAAAAGGAGAUGGAGAAGCAGUGUGGACCAGCCUUCAGGCUCUGCUGGAAAAUAAACCCAGUACAGCUACCCCAGAACCUGUAGAAAAGCCACCGGAAAAGAGAAGCCUCCUUCUCUUUGCUUCAGAUACAGACUCAGAUGAUGACAUGGUGGAACCAAGCAGGGCUCUGAACCACUACAAAGCAGAGCCAACCAUUAGCAUGGAGGAAUUCUGUCUGCAGUGGUGGAAAACUCAUGCAGGAGCCAUCAACAGCUGUCUGUCCUGGCUGCCCCUGCAAGAUCUGUUCCUUCUGAGAGACUUUUUUCACCUGCAG